AUGAACCAUGAUUUUCCACGACAGAACUUGGCGAGCUUGCCAGGAGUGACAGGGACGGGGACGUUCUUGGCUGAUGACGGGUUCUUUGGACAGUCUGACAAACAAGGGUGGCCGCCCAACUAUAAUAAGGAGAAAAAGACGGUGCCGGAGCCUGGACCUGAGGGACAUCUCCCAGUGAUACCAGGGGAUCUGGUCUACGUUCGAGUGUUUCGAAGGAAGUGGGAUCAGCCGAGGAGAGAAGGACCCUACGAAGUGGCCGCAGCCACAAAAACAGCAGUCCAGGUGAAAGGAAGCAAGACGUGGUACCAUCUAAACCACUGCACACGAGUCCCAACAGAGAAAAGGAUACAACCACAUAGAGAUGAGAACACAGAGGAUGCUGAUACACCAGGCGGGAGCCCGGAGGGAGCAGGAGCAGAGGAAACGAUCGAAACGCCAGGGAGGAGUCAAGAAAAUGGCAGACCAGAUACAAGUCAAGAUAGGACGAGUGCAUCAACUAAAGCUCUCAGAAGAAGUACCAGGGGGAAAAAGUCUGAACAGGAAAGGGAAAAACAACCAAAGCUUCCUCAGGUAUGGUCAGAAAGCCCAGAAAUGGGGGGAAGUAACAUGCCUGUUGCUCCUGAUGACAUACCUGCUGUGGCAGACCUCUUUGACAGAAGCCCUCCACAGUGGGAUCCCGAAGUACCACCUGCAGAAUGGGAACAUCUCUUCCCUGAAAUUGAUACCCUUCCAGAUGAAAGCCCAGUCCGGCCUGAGGAGGGAGCCUCAGGGGAAGAAAGAGGAAGAGAAGCCUCACGAGAAAGGGAAGGGGAUUUCCCCACAAUUGACUUUUCAACUCUUGAAGGGUCCCCCUAACAAACAAUUGAAGUUAGAAUGGCAGAAAAAAGACAUUGACAUAGCAAAAGUAAUAAUGAAUACUAGUACAGAAAUAACAGACUCACACAUGAUCAAGAAGUAUGGUGGAAGCAGGAAAAGAAGAGAGGAAUCAGCCGAACAAUUAAAAAGGACUGACCAGGUUAGAAUCUCUGUUCCACCUCAACUCAUAACUGAAAUAGGAGAGCAGAAGACAAUCUCAAUCAAAAGGAUCAAGCCUCUACCUGAGAUUGCAUUCUGUGGAUGGACACAUCACCAAACAAAGGGAGAAGUCAUUUGGGACCCAAAAGGAUGUGACCUGACAGUAACCAAAGAAGCAGACGAGUGGGUGCUCACCAUGAAUCAGAUUGAACCAGUUGAAGG